GUUUAUUUUUUUUCUCUAUAAAUAAAUCAAUUAAAAGACCAAAAAAAAAAAGUUGUGAAGUUUCCGUUCCGUUGAACCGUUGCUCAGUUGGCAACCUCACUAUCACCGGCAGCAGAGAUGAACUUAGCAGCUCUCAACAGCUUGGGGUGCAGAUAUGGGAUUGGUUACACCACAAUCUCAAGCUGCAAUCACCUGCGUCGCAGCAGAGCUACUCCGUUCGCGCGCUACUGUGAGAAGCAAAGGGAAAUGAUUGAGGGGAGGAUUUCAUGCGAGGCUCUUCAGGAAGAUGCUGAGUCAUUUGUAAAGACGCACUGGCUUGCGGGGUUUACUAGUGCUGUAGCUGUGGCAAAUUUGAUCGUGACUGAUACUGCAAAUGCUACAAGUAUGGAAAACAUCAUGGAUUUUCCUGCUUCUCUUUAUACAUUGGCUGAUGGAGGCAUUGGCGAUUGGUUUGGAGGCUUUGUAUAUUCUGCUGGUCAACAGGCUAAUGAAGCUGUUCAAGGCCAGUUAUCAGCUCUCAGUUUUUCUAGUUUAGCUGUUAUAUUUGGUGCAGGGCUUGUAACUAGCCUUUCACCAUGUACAUUGAGUGUUUUGCCACUUACACUUGGUUACAUUGGUGCAUUUGGCUCUGGCAAGAGUCGUGCAGCGGUUGUUGGAAAUUCAGUUGCUUUUGCAUUAGGAUUGGCUACAACACUUGCAUUACUUGGCAUUGCUGCUGCAUUUGCUGGGAAGGCAUAUGGUCAGAUUGGACGUGGACUGCCUGUGGCUGCUUCUAGUCUAGCUAUUAUUAUGGGGCUUAACUUAUUAGAGGUAAUAGAGUUGCAGCUUCCCUCAUUUUUCAACAAUUUUGAUCCCCGUGAAGCAGCUGCCAGUCUUCCUUCAAGUGUGCAAGCAUAUUUGGCAGGCCUUACAUUUGCCUUAGCUGCAUCACCUUGCAGUACACCUGUGCUAGCAUCCAUACUUGGAUAUGUUGCUGCAUCUAAGGAUCCAGUUGUUGGAGGCAGUUUACUGCUGACAUAUACGACCGGCUAUGUUGCUCCCUUACUUCUUGCUGCUUCCUUUGCCGGAGCAUUGCAGAGUCUACUAUCGUUCCGCAAGUUCUCAGCAUGGAUUAACCCAGUCAGCGGUGCACUACUAUUAGGUGGUGGUUUAUAUACGUUCUUGGAUAAGCUUUUUCCUGUCACAAUGGCAAUGUAGGCAAUCAGGUUGAUUAUCACCCACAAUGUCUUGAGGCUGGAGGACUGAGCAGCCUAGCGCUAAUGCUAAGGUACCAGCUUUUCACAUUGUUUGAGUGAGCCAAGGUUCUUCCCCUAAGCAUGAUUCCUAUGAUCCUAUCUAUGAUCGGAAGCUCUGGUUGUCUAUCAAAUUUCUGGCGAUGUUAAGUACUCAUUGAACUAUGCUGAAUGCCGGAAUGACAGAAGGACCAACAUAAGAAGAUAUGCUUUUUAUAAAAAUAAACACAUUCUACAUACAACACAUACAUACUAGGGUGUUUCAUGACUGAAUUUUACACCGCUAAUUAUGUUUGAACUAGACUGAUUUAUAACUUUUGAUUAUUUUUUUUUCAGAGUUAUA